CGGGAGGAGGAGCAGCUCCGCUCCACAUGUCUGCCUGCUCUUAUCAACUUAUCCUAUAAGGGAAGGGAAGCGAUUGAUUCGGGCACCGAGAUCGUGACAUCCUGGCACGGGCGAGGAGGAGCCAGGCUCACGGCUGGCGAGCCCGGCGGCCGGAUCCCCCAGCAGCGAGGGGAGGAGGGGGCGGCGAAGACUUUUGCUUUCCGCAUCUGACAGCUCGGGGCACGGCGGCCGGGAGCAGACGGGACGUUUCCAGCUCGGAGGGUAGAAAAGCCCAGCCCUCCUCCUGACGGCACAUGGCAGCAGAGCGCUCGGUUUCAGCGCAGGUUAACUAGGUCCGUGCUCCCGUAGCGCCCCGCAGCACUAGGUUUGCUGGGCUACCGCAGGGAUUAAAAUGCAGCUGGCUGCUUACUUCUUUUGGGGCUGCAGUAUUUUCUUAGCUUCAGGAUACAACUCCUUUAGUAAGAGCAUGGAGACGAUGGGCAAGAAGCAGUACCAGGUCCAGCAUGGGUCAUGCAGCUAUACCUUCCUUUUGCCCGAGACGGACAACUGCCGAUCUUCGACUUCUUAUGUGUCCAAUGCAGUGCAAAGGGAUGCACCUUUAGACUAUGAUGAUUCAGUUCAAAGACUGCAACUACUUGAAAACAUCAUGGAAAACAACACUCAGUGGCUAAUGAAGCUUGAGAAUUACAUCCAAGACAGUAUGAAGAAAGAAAUGGUAGAGAUCCAGCAAACUGCAGUGCAGAACCAGACUGCAGUAAUGAUUGAAAUAGGCACAAACUUACUAAAUCAAACAGCUGAACAGACUCGCAAAUUAACAGAUGUUGAAGCACAAGUGUUAAACCAGACAACCAGACUUGAACUUCAGCUUUUGGAACACUCUCUUUCAACAAACAAGCUAGAAAGACAAAUUUCAGAUCAGACCAAUGAGAUAACUAAAUUACAAGAAAAGAACAGCUUUCUAGAAAAAAGAGUUCUUGAGAUGGAAGACAAGCACACUCUUCAGCUGAAGUCAAUAAAAGAUGAAAAAGACCAGCUUCAAGUCCUAGUAGCCAGACAGAAUUCUAUUAUAGAAGAACUAGAAAAACAGUUAGUUACAGCUACAGUAAACAACUCAGUUUUGCAAAAACAGCAACAUGAUCUGAUGGAGACUGUUCACAACUUGCUUACUAUGAUAUCUACACCAAACUCUAAGAACAACUUCAUAGCUAAAGAGGAGCAAAUCAGCUUCAAAGACUGUGCUGAGGCUUUCAAGUCUGGACUGACAACAAGUGGAAUCUACACUUUAACAGUUCCAAACACUGUACAAGAAAAGAAGGCCUACUGUGACAUGGAAACUGGUGGAGGAGGCUGGACAGUUAUUCAGAGACGUGAAGAUGGCAGUGUGGACUUUCACCGGACAUGGAAGGAGUACAAGAUGGGAUUUGGUGAUCCUGCUGGGGAGUACUGGCUGGGAAAUGAGUUUGUUUCUCAACUGACUAAUCAGAAGCGCUAUGUUCUUAAAAUACACCUGAAAGACUGGGAAGGGAAUGAGGCAUAUUCAUUGUAUGACCACUUCUCUCUAGCAAGUGAAGAACAAAAAUACAGGAUCUACCUUAAAGGACUUACUGGGACAGCGGGCAAAAUAAGUAGUAUAAGCCAGCCAGGAAAUGAUUUUAGCACAAAGGAUGCAGACAAUGACAAAUGUAUUUGCAAAUGUUCACAAAUGCUAACAGGAGGGUGGUGGUUUGAUGCAUGUGGACCUUCUAACCUCAACGGAAUGUAUUAUCCAUUACGACAGAACAACAACAAGUUCAAUGGUAUCAAAUGGUACUACUGGAAAGGCUCGGGAUACUCUCUCAAAGCCACAACUAUGAUGAUUCGACCAGCAGAUUUCUAAAUGCUUUUGUAUUAUGUGAAUUAUGUAUUGUAUAGCCUUCAAAGACUUCAUUUGCCAAGCAUAUAAACACACAUCUGCAACUUGUCUCAUUUUCAAGCACAGAAAACAUGAGCUAGUGUUCUGAAGGGAUCGGUUCAGUACAAUUCCUGAAUUGCAAUAGCCUUGAUCAGCUAAAGCUCAUAUUAUUCAACCAGACACAAAGUCUAAAGUGUCAACCUGAUAUAACAGUGAUUUGGCCAAACAACUGAAUUAAAAGAUCAUCCAAGAAA